GGCGGUGGGACCCUGCAGGGUCCCCAAGGACGGGGGAAAGGAUCCUAUGGGGAAGGGGACAGGGACCCUGUGGUGGGUGCUGGCGUGGCAGGGGGGCACACAGACCCCCGUGGUGGGGUCAGGAACCCAGGGAGGGUGGUGAGACCUCCUGGAGGGAGGUAGGGACCCCAGGGAGGGCUUUGGGGCCCCAGAGAGGCAUCAGGGACCCCAUGGGAGGAUGCAGGGACUCCACAGGAAGGGCACAGACCCCAUGGGGGGCAUCAGGGACCCCAUGGGAGGGUGCCGGGACUCCACAGGAAGGGCACAGACCCCAUGGGGGGUAUCAGGGACCCUAUGGGUGGAUGCUGGGACACAGGGGGUGUUUUAGGGAGCCGAUGGAGGAUGUAUGGACCCUGGGGAGGGUGCUGGGCGCUGGGGUGGGGUCAGAAGGGGACCCCAAAGCUGCGGAUGCAGUGACCCCAUGGGGAAGGGGGGCUGUUCGCCGUCCCCCAGGUCUGGGGGCCCAUGGCAGAGCAGGACUGGGCGCUGGAGCCGGGCUGGCUGCUGUCCCCCGCCGGCCGCCCCUACCUGGACUCCAUCCUGCACAAGAACCAGCGGAGAACGUUCGGUCUGCUGGAGCGCCCGGCGCUGCCGCCCGCGCUGGCUGUCCCCACGGUCACCUACAAACUCUUCCUGGCGGGCAGGAGCGGCGUCGGCAAGACAGCGCUGGUGGCCUGGCUGGGGGGGACCCCCGUGCCCCCCGCCCACCACGAAACCCUGGGCAUCGAGGUCACCACGCUGUUCUGGCCGGCCAAGCCCCGCGGCAGCAGCCGCCCCGUCCUGUUCCAGCUGCAGCUCUGGGACUGCGGGGACGGAGCGCUCAGGAGGUUCGAGCACCUGCUGCCCGCCUGCAAGGAGGAGGCGGACGCCGCCCUGUUGCUGUUCUCCUUCACGGACCGCGCGUCCUUCGAGGAGCUGCCGGCGCUCAUGGGCCGCGUGCUGGGCCCCGAGGACAGCCACCUCGUCAGGGUGGUCGUGGGCACCAAGUAUCCUUUUGGGGGGUCCCCCAAAGUCACCCCGUGGCGGGGGGAUUGCACCCCCGGGGGCUCGUCGCGGGCGGGGCUGGCCCGGGUCGCCCCCGUCCUGGACGCCCUGGUGGAGGAGCUCUGGCGGCGCGACCAAGUGACCGCCGGGGUCACCCCGGGGGACACGGGGGACACCCGGACCUGAACCCCCUCUCGGGGAGGGUUUGGGGGGUGGGAGGGGUAAAAAGGUGCU